ACAAAACGGUGUAUGUCUUCUGAAUGUUCUGUUUUGCGAUAUAAUCCAGCUGUUCAGUUCUGAAUAUUAUAACUUAAAUUAAUAAUGAAAACUGAAAUUGAAGACAUAAAAAGCGACCUGAACUUCUAUGGCUCCGAUCCAGGCGCAGUCAAGUAUGGAAACUUUAUCAACUACUAUUCAUUCCACGACGUUAGCGAAAGAAUAAAUAACCUUAAUCCCCGAAUGUUUCCAAAACAAUCUAAAACUCAGCUCGUCUGCUUGGACGUGGGAUGUAAUACAGGAGACCUAUCGAAAGCAUUAUACUCGUACUUGGAGAAAACUUACCCAAAUUGCGACAUCCAGAUGUUAGCAGUAGACAUUGACCCAAAGUUAAUAGAAAGAGCGAAAGAAGGCAAUGAAUAUCCUGGCAUCAACUUCAACACUUCCAACAUAAUGGACACAAAUGACCGCACAAUGAUUCAAAACUAUUUAACCUCCUUUCACCGCACUCAAUUUGAUUUCACAUUUUGUUUUUCUAUUACCAUAUGGAUUCACCUCAAUAACGGAGACAUAGGUUUGUUAAAUUUUCUGAGAUAUAUUAGAGACAUAUCUGUAGUUAUUAUAAUUGAACCCCAGCCAUGGAAAUGCUAUAGGAAUGCCCAAAGAAGGUUGAAGAAAUCUGGCCACAGUUUUGAGUACUACUCCAGUUUGCAAAUAAAAGGUGAUGUUGAAGCAGUCAUUGAGUCAGUGCUUUCAGAAUCUCACUACAAGACCUAUCAAUCUGAUAAGUCAUCUUGGGAUAGAAAAGUUUUAAGCUUUUUAAGUGAAAAGUUUUAAAAUAAUAAACUUUGUAAUGUGUGU